AUGAAGAUCACCGGCUUCUCCUCGCACGAUGUGCGAUUCCCUACGUCGCUGGACAAUACCGGCUCAGAUGCCAUGAAUGCCGCUACGGACUACUCUGCCGCGUACUGCGUGCUGCAGACGGACUCAGCCCACGCUGGCCAUGGCAUGACUUUUACCAUCGGCCGAGGCAAUGAGAUUGUCUGCACGACCAUUGAUGCGCUGGCGCCGCUACUGGUGGGAAAGGAGCUCGCAUCGCUAACCGAUGAUUGGGGGAAGACAUGGCGCUAUUUGGUAUCCGAUAGUCAGCUUCGAUGGAUCGGGCCUGAAAAGGGCGUGAUCCAUCUUGCGCUUGGAGCUGUGGUGAAUGCCCUGUGGGACCUUUGGGCAAAGACGCUCAACAAGCCUGUGUGGAGGGUGGUGGCGGACAUGACGCCCGAAGAGUUGGUAAGAUGCAUAGACUUCAGGUAUAUCACUGACGCAAUUACGCCAGAGGAAGCAAUCAAGUUGCUGAAGGAAGUGGAGCCCACGAAGCAGCAAAGAAUUGCGGAAGCGGAACGCAACGAGGCGGUUCCGGCGUACACGACCAGCGCUGGCUGGCUGGGCUACGAUGAGGACAAGAUGAAGGCCUUGCUCGAGCAGAGCGUCAAGGAUGGGUAUCGUUACUUCAAGCUGAAAGUUGGCGGUGACCUGGCUAAGGAUAAACGACGAUUGACGAUCGCAAGGAAUGCCAUUGGAUACGACAAGGGAAAUGUUUUGAUGGUCGAUGCCAAUCAGGUGUGGUCAGUUCCCGAAGCUAUCUCCCAUAUGAAGGAGCUAGCCGGGUUCAAGCCCUGGUUUAUCGAGGAGCCCACUUCUCCAGACGAUAUACUAGGCCAUGCAGCCAUCCGCAAAGCACUCCAAGAUACGCCACACGGCGCCAUUGGAGUCGCUACGGGCGAAAUGUGCCAGAACCGAGUUAUGUUCAAGCAAUUCCUUCAGUCCGGUGCACUGACCGUCCUUCAGCCAGACGCAUGUCGAGUCGGCGGCGUCAACGAGUGUCUCGCCAUUCUCCUGCUGGCGCGGAAAUUCGGCGUCCCCGUCGUCCCCCAUUCAGGGGGGGUUGGGCUGCCCGAGUACACACAGCAUCUAAGUACAAUUGACUAUGUUGUGAUGACGGGCAAGAAGAGCGUGCUGGAGUAUGUGGACCACUUGCAUGAGCACUUUGAAUAUCCGGCCAGGGUGCGGAACGGGUAUUACGUUACACCCAUGGAGCCUGGGUACAGCGUGCAGAUGAAGGCGCGUAGCAUGGAAGAAUACUCAUUCCCUGGAGAGGAAGGGAAGAGCUGGUGGAGAUCCGAAGAGGCGAAGCCAGUCUUACAGCGUGCCCGUGUGGGUUGA